AUGGAUUCUCCGCUCGCUACUAACAGCAGCAGCGAAAUCAAGUCUCCUGCUACCCUCGAGGACUCCAACCAAGCCUCGCGAGCAAACUCUGUCGACAGCAGCAGCACCCCAGCCGCCGGGAAGUCAGAUGUCGUACCAGCUGGUGCGAGUGCUUUGGAGCAACGGAUUGUCGAAGACCCCUUUGAUGCCGACGCUUGGUUGACGCUGUUGAACGAUGCUGAGAAGGAAGGCGAGGUUGCUCGUGUGAGAGAUGUCUAUGAGAGGUUCUUGAAAGUGUUUCCUUCCUCGUCUAGGUAUUGGAUCCAGUACGCCGAGUUUGAACUCAAGCAUCAUCAUUUUACCGAGGUAGAGUCCAUCUUUCAGCGCUGUCUCCGUUCCGUCCUGUCUGUAGAUCUCUGGAAGUACUAUCUGAAUUAUAUUCGUCGUAUCAACACUGGCCCCGAAUCCAAGGACAUUAUCACAAAGUCGUAUGAUUUCGUGCUGCAGCACGUUGGACUCGACCGGGACUCGGGACCCAUCUGGAGCGACUAUUUGUUCUUCUUGAAGUCUGGCCAGGCUCAAAACACUUGGGAGGAGCAGCAAAAGAUGGAUGCGAUGCGCCGUGUCUUCCAGAAGGCUGUAUGUAUUCCUCUCAACAACGUCGAGAACAUCUGGAGAGACUACGACACGUUCGAGAAUGGACUCAACAAGUUGACGGCGAAAAAGUUCUUGCAGGAGCGUUCAGCAGGAUAUAUGACGGCCCGUAUGAUGUGGAAGGAGCUGCGCAAGUUGACGGACGGGAUUAACAGGAACUUGCUCCCUCGACCUGUCAAGUGGACCGAGCGGGAAUUGCAUCAGCUGGAGCAAUGGAAGCGCUAUAUUCGUUGGGAGCAAUCGAACCCUCUCAACUUUGAGGACCCGUCGGCUUUGUCGGCCCGUGUUGCCUGGACGUAUAAGCAGGCGUUGUUGUCGAUGCGGUUUUACCCCGAGAUUUGGUUCGAGGCAGCCAACUAUUUCAACGAGAUUGGUCGUGCGGAUGAGGCGGUGGCGAUGUUGAAGAACGGAUGCGAGAUCAUGCCAACAAGUUUCUUGCUUCAUUUCGCCUAUGCCGAGAUGGAGGAGACACGCAAGAACUUCAAGGAGAGCCGAGCUUCGUAUGAGGCGUUGGUCAAGAACCUGACAGAGAAAAUCGACGACAUGAACACCAAGGUCGAUCAGGAAGUCCAAGCUGCAAAGGCGGCUCUAUUGGCGGAGCAGCAGCUUCUUGAUGGCAGUGGAGCGGGUUCGAACAAGAAAGUGCGCGAUAUCGAGGAGGUUGAUGGAGAGAUGCGUGAGCGCGAGCGUGAAGAACUUAAGAAGCGGACCAAGGAGUUGCAACAGUAUGAGAAACUGGCCAGGAAGGAAGUCGAGGAGAUGAUCAAGGGCUGCGGUCUUGCCUGGAUCAUGUUUAUGCAGUUUAUCCGUCGUACUGAGGGCACUUCUCAGUGGAGGCACGUCUUUGGUCGCGCUCGUCGCUCGAACGCCUGCCCCUACCAGGUCUACAUUGCGGCGGCAUUGCUGGAGUAUCACUGCACCAAGGACACCACUAUUGCAGGAAAGGUCUUUGAGGUCGGGUACAAGUCGUUUGCAGAUGAGACUGCCUAUGUGGACCAGUACCUCGAGUUUUUGAUUCAGCUGAACGAUGACAGCAACGCCAGAGCCCUGUUUGAGCGAGCUCUCAUCAACAUGUCGCCGGAGAAGGCUCGUCCUCUCUGGGAAAAGUUUUCAGAGUACGAGAACAAGUAUGGCGAUUUGGCCGCGAUCAACAAGGUCGAAAAGCGUCGUCGGGAGGUCUACCCUGACGAUUCUGUCAUCAGUUGCUUCGCAUCCCGGUACAGCUACAACGAGCUCAAAGUCAUCGAAGAGAUGGACAUGGGCGCCAGCAUCCGCAAGAACAUUCAUGUGCCGGCAUUGUCAGACUUUUCAAGUGAUUUCCCACCACCACCGGCUGUUGAUUUGGACAAUGCUGCUCGCCCUGGUCGACGACCCCUGAUGGAACCCGUGCAUGUAGACUUGUACCCACGACCUGAUUUCGCUAUGUGGAACAGCUACCGUGUUUACCCCGAUAUGAUCCGUAAACCACCAACCUCAGCCAGGGAUUCGCGACCAGGUGAUAUGGAUACAGUUCCACAUCCUCACGGAGGUGAUCGUGACCGAGACCAUGAUGGUCAUGAUGGCGACAGAAGAGGUUCUCCAGGACCAGGACCAGGAUUCGCGCCCAAGCCGCCAAUGCCUCCUCAUAUCCCUCCACCCAUGCCUCCUCAGGCUAUGGGUUCCUCUUCUCAGAUCCCACCGCCUCAGCCUAUUCCACAGCAUCAGCAACAGCAGCAACAGCAACAGCAAGGACCUUUGGUUGUCCCUGGUUGGACGUUAGGACCUCAUGGGUUGAUUCCAGACGCUGUGGCGUUCUUUUUGUCAAACUUGCCUCCAGCUGCAGGAUUCAAUGGGCCUAUCUUGCAAACGCAAGAUAUCAUGGACUUGAUUCGGGCAGCACAGAUCCCUGUUGGGCAAAGUAUGGUUGUGCCACCACCGGUGCCUGUUCCUACUGGUCCCUCUGGCGGUAUGGAUCGGGAUGGACGAGGUCGAGAUAUGGGUGAACACCGUGAUCCCCGUGGUGGGGAUGGACGGGACCCUCGAGAGUUUGAUUAUGGUGGAGGAAGGGAUAACCGUGACCCACGUGAUCCAAGGGAGAGAGGAGGCGAUCCCAGAGAUCCUCGAGGCGACCCUAGGGAUCGUGAUCUCCGCGAUCGGAGUGACCCUCAUCCAAGAGGUAACGACCCCCGUGGCAUGAUGCGUGGUGGAGGAGGAGGAGGUGACCGUGGUGGAUUCCGGCCUCGUGGUGGGCCAUCUUCGGCAGGGCCAAGUGGUCGUGGUGGUAUGAAGAGGAAAGGACGGGAGUAUGAUGAUGAGAUGGGAGGAGGAAGUGGCGGUGGAGGUGGAGGGGAUUUCCGGGGACAUAUGCCAGGAGUGAAUCGGCCACCAGAGUAUGAUGUCUUCCGGUCUCGGCAGCAGCGUAAAGCCAACAUGGAGUAA